AUGGCUAGACCUGUAGAUAUAAAUGAUUUGUUAAAAGGUAAGGGAAAUAGAAACCCCCAGAAAGGAGUUAAAUCAAAUGGAAAGAUAGUAAAAUCUGUAACUAAUGUAAUUAAAUAUAAAACUAAAAAGGAAGCUGGAAAUGGUUAUGGAAAUUUAUAUAACAUCAAUGGUUUAAAAUUUGAUCUUUCUAAUGCUUCAGAAGAUUUAAAGCAAAAUGAGAAAAGAAAUAAUGAAAAUAUAACCUCAGGGAAUAAUUCACAAAGUACUAAAUUUAAUUUUCUGUGGAACCAGAAGGAUGACACUUUAUUAGAACAUAAUCCAAUAACACACAUUGACGCAGAUGAUUUACUUAGAAAUAACAAGGAGACUCAGAGUAAUAAAUUCAAUAUCGAAAACAGAUACUUGGGAAAACACUGGCGUGAUAAAGACUAUAGUGAAAUGACUGAUAGAGAUUGGAGAGUUAUGGAAGAAACUUUUAAUAUAUCUGUAAAGGGUUCCGGAUAUAGGUAUCCUUUGAGAGAUUGGAUGGAUACUCAUAUUAUUCCAAAUGAUAUGGUUGAAAUCAUAAAAGAAAAGUUAAACUUCGAAACUCCUACCCCAAUUCAAAGAAUAGCUAUACCAAAUAUAUGUGGAAAAGUUGGACAUUCAACCAAAAAUGACUUUAUGGGGAUUGCAGAAACAGGUUCUGGUAAGACAUUUUCUUUUGUUCUGCCAAUUUUAAUAAAACUUUCUCGAUCAGAAUUCAGACCGAUGUCCAUAAAAAAAAUGGAUGGCCCAAAAGCAUUAAUUUUAGCCCCUACAAGAGAAUUAGCCCAACAAAUCCAAUCUGAAAUUGAACAUUUUAUCCAAUACUGGGGUGGAAAAUCAUUAGAAUAUACUUCGGUUUCUAUUGUAGGGGGGUAUUCAAUUGAAGAAUUGACAUUUAAAAUUUCCAAAGGCAUGGAUAUAUUAGUGGCUACUCCAGGCAGACUUAUAGACUGUUUAGAAUCAAAACUAAUUGUUUUGAACGAUAUCGAGACUCUUGUUCUCGAUGAAGCAGAUAAAAUGAUUGAUCUUGGAUUUGAAGAGCAAUUAUCCACAAUUUUAUCUUACGUUGCAUCAUAUAAAUCGAAAGAUACUGUACAGACGAUAAUGUUUUCAGCUACUAUGUCACCAGAUAUUGAAAAAUUGACAACUAGUUAUUUGCAUAAACCUAUUUUCGCUAAAGUAGGUUCACCUAAAAGUGCUAUUGAACGUAUUGAGCAGAUUGUUAGAUAUUCCGAGACAGAGGAAAGUACAUUCGAUAAAAUAAAGGAAUUAUUAUAUGGUUUUGAUUCUCCUAUAAUUAUAUUCAUUAAUUAUAAAAGGACAGCGGACUGGUUAUACAAAAAAAUUCAAGAAGAGACUAGUUUUCAUGCAACUAUUUUACACGGUUCUAAAUCUCAAGAUCAAAGAGAACAUUCAGUGAAAUUGUUAAAGUCUGGUAAAGUUCAGGUUAUGAUUGCAACUAAUGUAGCCGCUAGAGGUAUUGAUAUCCCUAACGUAUCGUUGGUAAUUAACUUUCAAAUACCAAGCAGCUUUGAAGAUUAUAUUCAUAGAAUUGGUAGAACUGGUCGUGCAGGAAAUAGCGGUACAGCUGUAUCAUUCAUGGGGCCAGAAGAAGAUCCUGCUCUAGUGAAAUCACUAUACAAAUAUGUUAAUACAGUGACAAAUAUCGGAGAGAAAAGGAAUUCACAAUCCUCUAUUCCAAAUUACUUUGAUGAAAAAUUGAUUGACAUCUACUCUUUAAAGGUAAACAAUAGUUUUGAUAGUUUUGCAACAAACAACUACAUGAUAAAAGAUUAG